AUGCGUGCCGUCUUCAAGUUCCUUUGCCUGCUCAUCAUCAUUUGUCUCCUCCUUACGUCUGUAGUUGCACGUUCCGGCGGUGGAAGCCGUGGCGGAUCAAGAGGCGGCCGCACCACCGGCGGUGGCCGUGGAACUAAUUUUGUGCGCCCUUUGCCGAACGGUAGUGGUCGGUCUAUUAACAACGGCCGGUCCACUAGCAGCAGCCCAACUACAUCUAUGAGAUGGUUCUACUUCUAUACAGUCAUCGUCACAAUCGAUCGGUUCUCGGAUAUUCCAAUAUCUGAAAAAUCAUCACUUACUGUUGGUGUUGACCUUCCCAAUGGAUUUUUCAUGGGAGGCCGGCCAUUUCUGAUCUCGAUUUUUUUUGUAGACGCCAUUCGUUCUCUAUGUAUAUUGACGCCCCCUUGGUGCUGA